AUGGAGCCGGCGGGGCUGCACGGCGAGCUGGAGGCGCUGGUCCAGGCCGUGGUGAGGGCCAGCUCGUGGUGGGAGCGCCACGGCGUGGACUGCGCCAUCCUAGCGCUCAGCCUCCUCGCCUUGCCGGCCGGGUUCCUGUGCCUGCGCUCCGAGAAUGCCCUGAUCUUUGCCCUGGGCAUCACCAUCCUGGGAGUGUGCCACUACACACUCACUGUCAAGGGCAGCCACCUGGCCACACACGGAGCGCUCACCGAAUCCAAGCACUGGAGCAGGAUCUGGGCACUUUUCUUUGUGGAGAGCGAGGCCGGGGAGAAACUGGGCUACGCUGUCCGCAUGGGUGGUGCUGCAGUUACAAAGGCAGAGAGCAACGGGCCUGUCCCUGUUUUCACGGACUCCACAGAAAUGCUGUUGCUAGAUCAGAAUGUGCCUGCACGGCCCCUGCCUCCAAGAUUGGCCUGCAUGCUUGUCACCAGAUCCCUGCUGGCCCACCCGUACCUCCAUGUCAAUAUCUUCCAGCACAUUGGCCUGCCCAUGUUCUCCCGGGACAAGAAGCCUCAAAGGAUUCACAUGAUGAGCCUCGGCGUGUUGAACCUGCCCCGCUUGCCCGUGCUGGACUGGGCGUUUGGCCACUCCAUCAUCAGCUGCCACGUGGAACACCACUUCUUCCCUAGGCUUUCUGACAACAUGUGUCUGAAGGUGAAGCCCGUGGUAUCCCAGUUCCUGAAAGAGAAGCAGUUGCCCUACAACGAGGAUUCAUACCUGGCUCGCUUCCGGCUGUUUCUGAAUCGCUAUGAGGAGUUCAUGGUGCAGGCCCCUCCGAUCACCGAGCUUGUGGGGCUGCAAUGA